CACCAGCAGCCCGCAGCCAGUAGCAGAGGGGCCGGCGCUAUGCUGCCAGGCAGCAGCAUCUGAGCGCCGGGCCAGCAGCCCCAGCGCCGGGGGCACAGGGAUGGGCUCCCAGGGCAGUGCCCCUUGCCUCUGGCUCGUCCUGCUGGCGGCAGUGGCCCUGGAGACAGCGAGGGUGAAUGGAGACUCUGACCCCCUGGACCCAGUUUACCUGCCAGCUGAACUCGAGGUGCUAGACAUGCCGAACUAUUUCCGGCUGCAGCGGACAGAUCGAUACCUGCCAGGAAAUGUCUCCCUGGGCUCCCGUUCAGAGACCUACCUCCUCCUUCAUCACCAGCCCACAACACAGCCUGUCAUCCAAGCCACCUACCUACCCUUCACUGCUCGACAGGUGGCACCCACGGAUGAUCCCCGCCAGAGGAACAGUAACACCACCUGGAACAUCAGAGCUGUGUCCAUCGAGGGCUCAGUGUCCCCAGCUGAGCCAUAUGCCAGGGUCCUUUUCCAUCUCAAGGGUCAGGACUGGCUCACCAGGCGGCAGGACCUGCCCUGUGUCUGGCUGCAUGCCUACCAUCAUAUGCGGGCAGUGCGUGGAGCCUGCCGCCUCCAGGCACCCCUGGGAGUGUGCGUGGUGGAGCUGGAGAUCCCACCACGCUGGUUUUCCUCGCCCAGCACUGCCUCACACAGCCAGCACAGAGCCAUGGAGCUUGCCGAGCGUGCCGAGCUGUACUACAGCCUGGUGCCCGGGGAGUGUGGUCGGGCAGGGCUUCGAGAGAAGCCCCGGCUGGGCAGUGAGAUCCCCAAGGAGAGCCUGCUGUAUGUGGGCUCCAUGGAGUUGCGUGUGAUGGACCCUCCUCGGCGCCAGGAGGUGCGGUUGGAUGACAAUGUAUUGAUCCGCGUCCCUGACAUGGCACUGCGGCCAGGACAGCUCUUCACAGCCACACUGAUUCUGCAGCAGAACUUUACCGCCGACCAGCUGACCCUCAGGAUCAAGUUGAAGAAAGGGCUUCAGGUCCUGGCUGCUCGUCCUGCUGUCCCUGAGGCCUGGACAGCCAAGUUGGACAAGUUCAAGGGCUCCAAGCAUCACACAGCUCUGGUCACGUGUCACCAAGUGGACAAUGGCCAACUGGAAUGGAGUGCGGCAGAUUUCCCUGAGUUCCUGUACCUGGACCUGCUGGUGGAGAACAGCACAGGGGGGCUGGCAUCCACGCGCCCCGUCACCUGGCAGGUGGAGUAUCCCGGCCAGGACCCUGAAGCCGAGAAGGACAAGAUGGUGUGGGAGAUCCAGGUGUCAGAGCGAGAUGUCCGGGCUCUAGUCCCACUGGUGAAGGAGCAGGAAAUCGUGAACACAGCCCCCCUGACAGGAGUUCCCCAGUCAGUGCCGGUGAAGCUGGUUGCUGUGGAGAUGGGAGGAGCUGUGUUCGAGGUUACCGAGCAGAUGAGUUGUGAGUCCGCCAACAAGCAGGUCCUGCAGGUGACUGAUGCCUGUGACUCUGUCUAUGUGGGAGGCAAGGAAAGCCGGGGAGCCCACGGGGCACGUGUGGAUUUCUGGUUCCGCCGGUUCCAUGCCUCGGCACUCUUUACCGUCUGGGUGCCACUGCUGCCACUGCGUGUUGAGCUGACUGACACCACGCUGGAGCAGGUGCGUGGCUGGAGACUGCCCAGCGCCACCUCAGACAGCAGCCCAGCAGAACCUGAGGAGCCUGGGGAGGAUGUGGAGAAGAGGGUUCGCAGCUGCCGCCUCCAGUACCAGCGUGCCUCUGUCCGCUUCCUGGCACAUUUUGUGGCUCACCCACUGGACGGCAGUCGGCACCUGACCUACAUGCCCAGCUCCGACUGGCUUCUGGAUGUUUCCCACCUGGUGGGGGGACGGGCCCGGGUGCAGGACCCCCGCGUGGCCACACUGGAAGGCAGAAGUGUGGUGAUCGGCCGAGAGCCAGGGGUGACAUCUGUAGAGGUACGCUCCCCUGUCUCAGACUCCAUCCUGGGUGAGCAGACACUGGUGGUGUCGGAUGAGAAGGUGUCUGUGGUGGAGCUGCGGGCCCAGCUGGUUUCUGGCCUCUCACUGGCACUGAGCACAGAGCCAGGACAUCCCAAUAUCCUCACUGCCACCUGCCAGGCACUGACUACCCUGCACUCCCCCAAGCAGGAAGCAGCACUCAGUGUCUGGCUGGAGUUCUCCGAUCACACCCUGGCACCCUUGGAGCUGUACGGCUGGCGUGAUGUAGUGCUCUUGGUCUCUUCCCUGGACCCCAGCGUGGCCACGGUGCGGCUGGCCGAGGAGCAGAUUCACCCAGCCAUCGUUGCUGAGGGGCCAGGCCAUGGGCCUCUCCUGCAGUUGAGCCUACAUACCCCAGACUCCUGCCGCAAGGGCAAACACAAGGCCCCACUGGCCUCUGGUACUGCCUGGCUGGAGGUGGGCAUUGCUCGGCAUCUCCCAACAGCAGGUAGUCCACGCCACCAUGAUCCCCACCCUCACGCGGAGUCACCCUUCCAGCGUGCAGAGGGGGCCAUGUCAGGGGAGGCGGUUACGGCAGCCACGGAGACUGUGGUGGGGCCACGGAAGCGGGACCCAGCCGGUGUGGGGCCAGUGUUAACCAAGUUCCAGGGGCAUGGGGCUGGCUCCUCUGAGGAGGACAGCCCAGGGGGAGAAGGGGAGGAAGACGAGGAAGAGGAGGAUGAGAUGGUGAAGGCCCCCGAGCGGGUGACGGACCUGGAGAUCGGCAUGUAUGUUCUCCUGGGUGUCUUCUGCCUGGCCAUCUUCAUCUUCCUCAUCAACUGCGUCUUCUUUGUGCUGCGCUACCAGCGCAAGGAACCUCCUGAUGCUGGGCUGGGGCCAGUUUCUACCAACCAGCAGCCCCACAACUGGGUGUGGCUGGGCACUGACCAAGAGGAACUGGGCCGGCAACUGGACCGCCGCAUCCAGCACUCAGAGCCUAGCCCUGAGCCAGCACCCGACCCUUCUGCUCCCCCUGCCAAGGAUGGCGGGUGCUGCUGCUGUGGGACACCCCCAGGCACAGAGAUGGGCACUGGGGAGACCCCAGCUCCUGAGGUGACAGGACCUGACAUCACUGUUCCCACAAGCACCUUCCUCCCCACAGCUCCUGGGAGCCCGGUUCCCACCAGCACCUUGUCCCGGAAGGAGGCAUCGGCAUCGGGGGGCAGGCGCAAGCGGGUAGAGUUUGUGACCUUUGCCACACCCCGUGCCCCUGAGGAUACAGCCUCUCCCCCACCUGCCUCUGUCCCUGCCCCUGCCUCCAAUGUCCAGUCUAUCCUGGUGGCAAGUGAGGAUGACAUUCGCUGGGUCUGUGAGGACAUGGGGCUGCGGGACCCUGAUGCGCUGAGAAGCUACAUGGAGAGGAUUCGGGGCAGCUCCUGAUCUCUGGGCCUCUGUGCCCCGCUGGCACCAAGCCAGGCAAACCAAUAAGGGACCAACCCUCACACUCCUCUGUUGCUCUCCAGGGGGUAGGCCCAAUGGCAUCCCCCCCCCCGUCAUUUCUCAGGGGAGGACUCAGCCCACAGGGACCAAACCUACCCCCUCCCUGAUCAGUGUUAGGGGAGAGCCCUACCUGCUGGCAUCUCUAAUAGGAAGUGCUCUCCCCUUGAGGGACCAUCCCUAGGUCCUGAGGAGGGCUCUGCCUUCAAGGACUGACUCCUAGGUUCUGUCCUAAGGAUCUCCCCAGUCAGCUUCCAUUAUGAUCCAAGCACUGGUACCAUCUCAGUAUAGGGAGUUCUACCUCCACAGGAUUGAACCCAGGUGCCCUGAUUACCCUCUGAGGGAUGCUUUCCUCCGUGGAGCCUGAGCUCAGGCUGCAUUCUGCUCCAGAGCUGACAUGGGCGGGGAAGGAGGGGAGUUGUGCCUGGGUUCCCUUAUUGCUCUUGCUCCCAUUGCGACUUCGUGUUCAUUGUGAUGGUUGUGAUGGCACAUGUCCUUCCGUGUGACCUGGCCUCGAGGAUGCCCCUUCUUUCCAUGGUAGGUGAAGAUGGGGACUUCCAGGGCCACCGGCCAGUCCCUUUCAUCCCUGGCUGCAUGUUCAUUUUGUACGAUCUCUGGCAUUUUAUACCUGUAGCGUUGGGAGGCUGCCACAACGGGUCCUUAAUUUAUGGAAGAUUUUUUGAUUCUUAACAUUGUUACAAAAAUAAAAUAUUAAAGAUGAAAAAAACCCAACAAAAAACAAAAGAAAG